AUGAAAGCAACUGUUACGUUAAAAAAUGAUGAAUUUAGUCAAAAUUUAUUAAGAAGAAUCAAACGAAAUCGAUCACAAGUAUAUUUACUUUUAAAUGAAUAUCGAAAAUUAAUUGAUGAACAACUGAAUACACAAAAAAUAGCUAAAGAAUUAUGUCAGCAAAUGUUUCAAUUAAAAUUUGUCAGUUGUGAUUAUCAAUUAACAAAAAAACCGCUAAACUCAUUUUUCAACAUAAUAAAUCCAUUUGAAAAUGCUACAAUCAAUGAUGUGUUGAUUGUUUAUACGAAUUUUUGUAAUUCAACAAUUAUGGGGGAUGACGAAUACAUAAAUGAUGAAUUUCUGCGUUGUCUCGCUAAACUAGAAGAAUCGUUGUAUUUUUUUCUCAAUAAAUCUGUUGUUAAUUUAUUAGAAAAUGGCCAAUAUGAAGUGAUUUAUUACUGUGAUAAAUUAUUCGAUAUUCAAGAAAUUCAACAAAAUCUAUUAUCUAUUAGAAAUAGUUUACAACAACAAAUUUUAAAUAAUGAUAAAACAGAUUAUAACAAAGAAUUGAGACAACAAAUGAUAGAAUUUAUGCAUGUUAUUAACAAAUGCUUGGUGGUGGUAGAUCAUAUGCAUCGACGAAGGCAAUAUGAAAUUGAACAACAGCCUAGUUCAAAUUCAAUGUUAGUUGAUAUACCGAUUAACAAUAAUAACACCGUUAAUCUUUACAAUCCAAUAGUUACAGAAAUAGAUAAUUCUGUAACAUUUGAUCAGUUAAUUGAGCUUAGUCUUCAAAUUAUUCCAGAUUUAUGUACGCUACUAGAAAAAUCAUUUGAGCAAGAGAAUAUUAGUUUUAUCCCGGUACGAGAAUAUCCAUCUCUUACCGCACAUCGAAAAAUUUGUUAUAGUGGACACAGCAGUUCAAGUAAAAUUAGUUGGAAAUCCAGGAAUAGGAACUUGAACAAUAAUACUUGUGGUACUCGUAAACUAAGUAGACCAUUGAAAACUAAAAGUCAUAAACGAAAGAAACUGAAAAAGCCAAAACAUCAAAUAAAAUAUUAUCAUUACGAAUCAUCAACAGAUUCCGUUUAUAGUUGUACAAGUCAAAUAUUCCAUUAUCAAUCACAUUCCCCAUUAUCCGAUUGUUUCUACUACUGUGCAUCUUCUUCUUCCUCAUCUUCAACAACAACUAUUCAACGUUCCUAUACACCGCUGAUAUUUGUUGAAAAUCAUAAACAUGAACAGUUUUCUUCAGCAGUAUUUAAAUCCUAUAUUAAAAUAUAA